UGAAAUAAUAACCGUUUGCCGCUACAGUUAGAACACGAUUUACGAAGGAAGAAGGAAUAUUAACGACGCUUUUUCUCUUCAAACUUGUCUAAACUUAGUAAAUUGUACACAAUACGUUAUUAGUUUGGUUCUGUGAAGAGAGAUAUGAAGUAAAAAUGAGUAAUACAUUAGAUUCUAUACGACCGUCAGAUAAAAAUCACACUCGUGAAGAAAUGUCAUAUUUGUUUGGUAGAGAUCCUAGUAUUUUAUCUUAUGGACAGAGACCUUGUCCAUCUCAAGAAACAAAGAAAAAUUUACUUUCUGCAUACGAAAUUGAAUUUGACUCAGCAGAGAACAUAGCAUCCUUGCUUUCUGAUACACAGUCCUUAAAAACAAUUAAAGUAUACUUACGUUUAAAGCCAUUUCCAAGAAAAAUCAAGUUAUUACCAGAACAAGAAGAAGCUUAUAAAGUUAUCAAUUCCACUACUUUGGCUACAAAGUUGCCAUGUCUAGAGAAUAACAAUAGUUUUGCAAGAUCUAAAAAUAGUGAGAUCACAUCUAGAACAUAUACCUUCACUCAAACAUUUGGACCAGAGAUAACGCAAUUAGAAUUAUUUGAUCAAGCAAUAAAGCAACAGAUGUUUGAUUUUUUAGCUGGACAAAGUUGUAAUGUGAUGACCUAUGGUACUACGAACUCUGGAAAGUCAUAUACGUUGCAAGGAACUAUCACAUCACCUGGUAUCAUACCACGCGCUUUAGAAUUUGUUUUUUCUAUUAUCACUCCAAAACCUAUACCUUCAUAUAAGCCUGUACAUCAUUGCGAUGCAAUUUUUCUUAAUUCUCUUGAACGAGCUCAAGAGUUAGAAGCUAAAACUAAAUUAUUAAGUUUUAGUUCAGUAGAUAGAACUCAAUAUAUAAAUACUUACAAGCAAAUGCAAACGAUAUUACAAGAAGAAUCACCAUUAAGACCUAGCGAAUGCAGCGAUGCUCAUUAUUCAGUGUGGGUAUCCUUUGCAGAAAUAUAUAAUGAAACUAUAUAUGAUCUUUUGAGUAUUGAUUGUCAAAAAAAAAAAGUGCCUCUAAAACUAGCAACCGAUAAUCGAGGAAGAGCUUUUAUCAAAGGUUUGAAUACUGUUUAUGUUAAUUCUGGGGCAGAGGCAUAUCAAGUUUUAAUGGCUGGCCAAUAUAAUUUAAAAGUAGCAGCAACAGCUUUAAAUGCAAGAAGUUCAAGAUCUCAUUGCAUAUUUACUAUUAAACUAUUGAAGUAUUAUUCUGAGAAUCUAACAGAUUCGGUGGAUAUAAGCACAUUUUCCUUUUGUGAUUUGGCUGGUUCCGAACGUUUAAAGAAAACAUUGAAUAUUGGCGAUAGAUUAAAGGAAGCACAAAAUAUUAACACAAGUUUAUUAGUCCUAGGGAAGUGUUUAAAGUCAAUUUACGAAGGUCAAUUAUCAAAACUAAAAUCUGAACCUAUCGUUGGACCUUUCAGGGAAUCAAAAUUAACAAGAUUAUUUCAAAGGGCAUUAUCUGGCAGAGAACAAAUUGCUUUAAUUGUUAAUGUUAAUCCUUUACCAAAUCUUUAUAUAGAAACACAAAAUGUAUUGAAUUUUGCAGCAAUUGCAAAAAAGAUAAUCAUAGAAUCAAAAGUAAAAGAACAGAGAAAGGCAAAUUCGAGGUUUUCAAAAAUAGUUCAAAAAAGUAUACAAAGUGUGACAAAUUGGGAUGAUACAGUUUUGGAAAGUGCAGAUUCGCUAAAUACAGAUACGGAGACAGAUAUAUUGAAGUUUUCUUCUGAAGAAGAAUAUGAACAUUUAUUAAUAGAAAAUAAAGUAUUAAGAAAAGAGAUUACGGAUCUGAAAAAUAUGGCUUUGACUCGUGACUUCGAAAUUCGUCAAGAAAUGGUAGAUACUUAUACUACCAUCAUUAAGAAGCUUGAGAAUGAUUGGAAGGCUCGUAUAAGAGAUGUUGAAGAACAACAAGAAGAUACUUUGCAAUGGUCUAUCAAACAAGUAGAAGAAUACUAUAAACAAAAAAUGGCACAGUUAAGUAGUAGAAAAAGGCACCGGUCUUGUUUAUCCAACGAAGAUGAUGUUGCUGAUCAAACUAAUGCAUUUGAAUCUGAAAUUUCUCACUUAACUUCUAAAGUAGUGUCUAUGAAAGAUACUAUUCAAGAAUUAAAAAAAAGUAAUCAAGUUUUGAGUAUAGAAAAAAAUAAAGUUGAAUUUGAAUUGAGCUUGACAAAGGAUGAUUUAAAGCAUGCGAAAUGUUUAUUGGAUGCUGCUCAGAAAGAUCUUUCUAAUGGCGAGGAAACGGAAUAUUAUAUAGAAGAGAUUAAGUCACAAUUAUCUUCCAAGGAAGAACAUAUCAAGAAACUUAAAGAAUUUUUGAAUGAAGCAAAAGAAGAAUAUAUUACUAUCACAAAUGAUGCACGAAAAAAAGAAAUUCAAAUAAAAGAACAAGAGGAAUUAAUGGUAGAAUAUGAAGACAAGAUAGACGAAUUGCAAGAACAAUUCGAUCGAGCUAAUUAUUGUCUUGCAGAGCAAACUAAAACUAUAGAAAUAUUAGAGGAUAAUAAUCAGUCAAUGGCGGAUAAAAUAUUUGAAUUGGAAAAUAAAUUGAAAUUAAUGAAUGAAAAGUAUGAGGUUACUUCUUGCAAGCAGGAAAUAUCAGAAAAAUCAGAAAAUUAUGUAACAAGUGAUUCUUGUGAGGAUGUAAUUAUAAAAACAGAAUUAAUUUCGGAAGAUGAAAUGCAAUCAGAAGGAAAAUUAAAUAAUUUGGAUACAAAAAAAGAGAUUUCUGAAGAAAAAAUAAUCCUUGAAUCAGAGGAAAAAAUAAUACAAACACGAUCAACAUCGAAAGAAGAUAAAAGCUGUCAAACUAUUACAUUAGUUACACAAGAAGUAAUCAUGCAAACUAGUAUUUUAGAAAAUUUUUCAAAAGAGAUAUCUGUUCAAACGAAUGAUGAUAUAAAUUACGAAGAAAGGGAGAAAAAAUAUAAAGAACUAAAGGCUAAAUGUAACGAAGUAGAAGCAGAGUACAAAGAGGCACAUGUAAAAUUAGAUGAUGAUCUUAAAAUUAUAAAGGAACUACAAGAAAAGAUUACUGAACUGGAUAUAAAUUUAGAUACAAAACAAAAAGAAAAACAUGAUCUAGAAAUGUUGAUGGAAGAAAAUAAAAAACAACAGCAAGCGUUGCAGGAGAAGUUAGAAGAAUUUAAUCAAAAAGAAAAGGAUAAGGACAAUGAGAUUACAGCUAUUCAAAAAGAACUGAAACAAAUGAUACAAGCGAAGGAUGCUGAAGAAAAAUCAGCUCUUUCUAUGGAAAAAGAACUUAAGGAGACACUGCGAGCUUUGGCCGAUACCAAGAAAAUUCUAUCUUGUAAGGAACAACAAGUGAACAAUUUAGAAACACGUUUGAUAACUUUAGAACAAACUACGAAGUUUUUGGAACUUAUUCAAAAAGAUAAAGAGGAACAGCAAGAAGAAAGGGAAAAAUUAAGAAAUAUCAAUGACAUAUUAAAAGAAGAUCUUGCCACUAAAGAACGUGAGAUGGAAGAAUUUAAAAAGAACAGAAAUGAAACCUUAAGUAAAUAUGAUAAUUUGAUAAAGUCUUUGCAAGAGGAUGUAGACAGACAAAAACGUGAGGUCAUGAGAUACCAAGAAUUAUUUUGUAGGCAAACUACGCCAACCCCAAGUAAGGAAGAAUGUAAAAAAUUGCGAAGUCAAGUUGAAUACUUACAAGAAAGGUUAAAAAAUUACGAGACAUCACAGAAGUCGAAAGGAAAUGAAAAUAACGUUGAAAAUGAAGUGGUAUCUAUUGAACGUUCUAUAAAGAGAAAAGGUAGAAAGAAGGAAGCUCAAUUGUUAGUCCAACCUGAAAUCAUUGAUCUAUCAGGUUCAGAAUCUAAACGCGAUUUAAAGCUUGAACCUCCAGGUAGUGAGCAAACAGAGAGAAAAAGAACAACUCGCAAAAAGAAAUUAUUCAUAGCGAAUGACGAAUCUUUACAAGAUAUUGAUCCUAUUGAAAUUGAAUCUACUCCAUCAAUACCACUUCGUAGUUUAAGAAGUAGAAGAAAAUCCCUGUCACUGUGAUAAAUAUUUCUCAUAAUUAAAAUAAGAGGAUAUACACAAUUUGUUAAUAGUGUAUAUAGAUACCAAACUAUUCAUAAAUAUUAAAGAAUGUAUUAAGACUAUUUUAUUAUUGUAUAUACGUUAUACUACAGGACUACAUACAGAUAAUAACAAUUGAUGUACUUUUAAUUCCUCUGUGUAUAUUCAAUAUUUUAUGAAGAGACCUCAUACAAGAUAAUGAACGUUUGUAAAUAAUAAAAUUUGAUUUCGAUUAA